CGUGACGAAAGAUGUGGGCGGUUCCCUCGACUGUCUUACGCGCAGGUGCAGCACUGAAGUUAGCGGCGUAAACAUCUUCCCAAAUUUUGGUUUUCCUUCACGUUUUAACCCUAUCAAGGUUGGAGACAGGCCUGUUGUGAUCCAUUUACGAGAGAGGAGGCCCGCCCGUCGACAUGACUCUCAACCAGAACCAUUCGGAGUCCGGUGGAGUCAUUAUCAACAACAGUGAAAGCGUUUUGAUGAAUCAUGACAACGUGGAGCUGGCCUUCUGCGAUGCGGAUGGCUUACCUGAGGCCUUCAGAAAAAGCAAGAAGGGCAGCAUUUACCUGACUCCAUACAGGGUGAUCUUUGUGGCUAAAAGUCGAGAUGCACUCAGGUCUUUCAUGAUGCCUUUCUAUUUGAUGAAAGGCUGCGAGGUCAAGCAACCUGUACUUGGGGCAAAUUACAUCAAGGGGACCAUCAGCGCCGAGCCCGGAGGUGGAUGGGAGGGCAGCGUGAGCUUCAAGUUGGUCUUUGCUGCGGGUGGAGCCAUCGAGUUUGGGCAAUACAUGCUGGAGGUUGCCACUCAGGCUUCCAGAGGUCAGCCGGUCAUUGCAGGCUUUGGCGGCGGAUGUCCUUUCAUUGCUAACGGAGCCUACGCUUAUCCGCCUCCCCCUUCCAACGGGGAGUAUCCCGCCGCCGGACCCCCGCCGUGCUACGCCUACCCCAACGUGCCUCCUCCAGAUGGCUUCUACCCCAACCCUCCGGCGUUCAAUAACUCCGCAGCCUACAUGGCUCCGCCUCCGUAUUCAUCCGCUCUGGGUCAGCAGCCCCCGCACCACCCCGAAGGCCCCUCAUCGGCCGCCGCCGAGGCUAAAGCAGCCGAAGCCGCCGCAGCCGGUGCUGCCAGCUAUUCCACGCGGCCCCCGACACACGUGUACUUGCCAGAGGAUAAGCCUCCCCCCUACUCUCCUCCGGAAGACAAAAAGAACCAGUAGACCUCAUUUACUUUCACACAUUUCAAUUUCAUUUGUUCAGGUCUUUCCUUCUUUUCUUGACUUCCGAUCGUUCUUGUCAAUUACCCUUUCCUUCAUUCUCAUUCUAACCCUUUGAAGCGAUUGAAUAGUGGCUAAAAAUGAAUGAGAAAAGCUAUUAUUUAUUAUGAUGAUUAAUGUGCUGCAAGAUUCUCUCUGCUUCAUGUAGCUUUGCUAUCUGUGACUCGUGUAACGUACUGCACAGUACAACUAGCAAUCGGCUAUGACUGAAUUUUAUAGUACGCUUUGCUCUGCCAAUCAAUCCAGUGAGCGAAAUGAAGUCGUUCUUUUUUUUUUUUUUUUUUUUACCAUUUAACUGUAUAUAUGUAGAAGAUAAUAUAUAGCUUGUCACACUCCAAGGCAUCACCCUGCUUUGGAUGAGAGGACGGCAUAGAUUAGAGUGAGUCAGUGAGUCCCUGAUCCAGGAUUAAGAUCAGACACUGAGAAGCCACGUACAGACACCAUAGAUUAUGUUGUCAAAAAGCAAAGCAAAGCACAGGACGAACCCAAUCAAAAGUCAUGAUCGAAAGUAGCGUGGAUUCGGGUAGCAAGUUUUUGUCAGAGGUAAUUCCUACUCCAGUCAUUUGUGUACUGUACGUUAGACGCGGCCGGUACCUUGCUCAUCUCUGGGCUCGCUCGCUCGCUCAGGCAUGGCUCAAAGUAUAAAGAAACUUACAAAUGAUCAAUGACAGUUAACAGGCAUUUAUUAAACGGAUGCUGUUUAAA